AAAACUGUGCUGCUGCCUGGGGACUGUUUCUGAGGUUACUAUCGGGCACCCAAAGUCCUUCAGUCUCUGGCCAUAGAAACGGGCACCCUGAGGAGCUUUUUAUUCACCCCACACACAGGCUGGGGCUGUCUUCUCCAGAGUCCUGAUCAGCUUUGCUAAUCAACUGGUUGGAAAUAAUUCCUCAAACAACAGACUCAAGGACACAGGAGAACCUUCAGACCUCUUGUAUCACCAGAUUGUUGACUUGGUGCAUCCUUGAAUGGGUUGCCUCUCGCUAGGAAAGAAAAAGAUUCUUCAGUGACCAGAGAUUUGCAGACACCAUUUUUUCAAGUUUCCUUGUGCAUGGAUAUGACAAUAACGGAUGGAGGACAAGGGAAUUCCUGCUAUGGCUGCCGAGUGCCUAGAGGAGGCCUCCCCGCUGGGCUCUGGCCCACACCAGCCUGCCGCUCAUGCACAGACAAGCACUACAGAAGCCAGCGCCUUUGUCCCUCCAUCUCCCACCUGCUCAAAGUUCAGUCCUUGCCUCCCCGCCCAGACCCCGGGGACUGCACAUGAUUUAGGAGUUACGCUUUGUGACAUGGAUGAAUCUGCACUGACCCUUGGCACAAUAGAUGUUUCUUAUCUGCCAAAUUCAUCAGAAUACAGUGUUGGUCGAUGUAAGCAUGCAAGCGAGGAAUGGAGUGAAUGUGGUUUCAGACCUACUCUCUUCAGAUCUGCAACCUUAAAAUGGAAAGAAAGCCUAAUGGGCCGGAAAAGGCCAUUUGUCGGAAGAUGUUGUUAUUCCUGUACUCCCCAGAGCUGGGAUAAAUUUUUCAACUCCAGUAUCCCGUCUUUGGGUUUGCGGAAUGUUAUUUAUAUCAAUGAAACUCACACAAGGCACCGAGGAUGGCUGGCAAGACGUCUUUCUUACGUGCUGUUUGUUCAAGAGCGAGAUGUCCAUAGAGGCAUGUUUGCCACCAAUGUGACUGAAAAUGUACUAAACAGCAGUAGAGUACAAGAGGCAAUUGCAGAAGUGGCUGCUGAAUUAAACCCUGAUGGUUCUGCACAGCAGCAAUCAAAAGCCAUCAGUAAAGUGAAGAAGAAAGCCAAAAAGAUCCUUCAAGAAAUGGUUGCCACUGUCUCCCCGACAAUGAUCAGACUGACUGGAUGGGUGCUGCUAAAACUGUUCAACAGCUUCUUCUGGAAUAUUCAAAUUCACAAGGGUCAACUUGAGAUGGUUAAAGCUGCAGCUGAGAUGAAUUUGCCACUUAUAUUUCUACCAGUUCAUAGAUCACAUAUUGACUAUCUACUGCUCACUUUCAUUCUCUUCUGCUAUAACAUCAAAGCACCAUACAUUGCUUCAGGCAAUAAUCUCAACCUCCCUAUCUUCAGUACUUUAAUCCAUAAGCUUGGGGGCUUUUUCAUACGACGGAGGCUAGAUGAAACACCAGAUGGACGGAAAGAUACUCUCUAUAGAGCUUUGCUCCAUGGGCAUAUAGUUGAACUACUUCGACAGCAGCAGUUCUUGGAGAUUUUUCUGGAAGGCACACGCUCUAGGAGUGGAAAAACCUCCUGUGCUCGGGCAGGACUUUUGUCCGUUGUGGUAGAUACUAUGUCUACCAAAACCAUCCCAGACAUCUUGAUAAUACCUGUUGGAAUCUCCUAUGAUCGUAUUAUUGAAGGUCACUACAAUGGCGAACAGUUGGGAAAACCUAAGAAGAAUGAGAGCCUUUGGAGCGUAGCUAGAGGCGUUAUCAGAAUGUUACGAAAAAACUAUGGGUGUGUCAGAGUGGAUUUUGCACAGCCGUUUUCCUUAAAGGAAUAUUUAGAAAGCCAAAGUCAGAAACCUGUGUCUGCUCCACUUUCCCUGGAGCAAGCAUUGUUACCAGCUAUGCUUCCUUCAAGACCCAGUGAUGCUGCUGAUGAAGGUACAGACAUGUCCAUUAAUGAGUCCAGAAAUGCAACAGAUGAACCCUUCCGAAGAAGAUUGAUUGCAAAUCUGGCUGAGCACAUUCUCUUCACUGCUAGCAAAUCCUGUGCUAUUAUGUCCACGCACAUCGUGGCCUGCCUGCUCCUCUACAGACACAGGCAGGGAAUCGAUCUCUCCACAUUGGUGGAGGACUUCUUUGUGAUGAAGGAGGAAGUCCUGGCUCGUGAUUUUGACCUGGGGUUCUCGGGAAAUUCAGAAGAUGUAGUCAUGCAUGCCAUACAGCUGCUGGGAAAUUGUGUCACAAUCACCCACACCAGCAGGAAUGAUGAGUUUUUUAUUACUCCCAGCACAACUGUCCCCUCAGUCUUUGAACUCAACUUCUACAGCAAUGGGGUACUCCAUGUCUUUAUCAUGGAGUCCAUUAUAGCCUGCAGCCUUUACGCAGUUCUGAACAAGAGAGGCUGUGGAGGGUCUGCCAGCGCAUCCCCCAGCUUGAUCAGCCAGGAGCAGCUGGUGCGGAAGGCCGCCAGUCUGUGCUACCUGCUCUCUAACGAAGGCACCAUCUCUCUCCCCUGCCAGACAUUUUACCAGGUUUGCCAUGAAACAGUAGGAAAGCUCAUCCAGUAUGGCAUUCUUAUUGUGGCUGAGCAAGAUGAUCAGGAAGAUGUUAGUCCUGGACUUACUGAGCAGCAGUGGGACAAGAAGCUCCCAGAAGCUUUGUCUUGGAGAAGCGAUGAAGAAGAUGAAGACAGUGAUUUUGGUGAGGAGCAGCGAGAUUGCUACCUGAAGGUGAGCCAGUCCAAGGAGCACCAGCAGUUCCUCAGCUUCCUGCAGAGGCUCCUUGGACCUUUGCUGGAGGCCUAUAGCUCCGCUGCCAUCUUCAUUCACAACUUCAGUGGUCCUGUUCCAGAGCCUGAAUAUCUGCAGAAGCUGCACAAGUACCUAAUCACCAGAACGGAAAGAAAUGUUGCAGUAUAUGCUGAGAGUGCCACAUAUUGUCUUGUGAAGAAUGCUGUGAAAAUGUUUAAGGAUGUUGGGGUUUUCAAAGAGACCAAACAAAAGAGAGUGUCUGUGUUAGAACUCAGCAGCACUUUUCUACCUCACUGUAACCGGCAAAAACUCCUAGAAUACAUCCUGAGUUUUGUGGUGCUGUAGGUAACUCCUGCACCGCCGGCAGGUGAAGGGCGUGGGAUGAGUCCCUCGUGGGCUCCAGCCUCGGGCUCAAGAGUGGAAGGUGCCGUCAUGUGGUCAGGCCUGACCUGUCCUGAUGUGACCUCCUGGAAGACAAGUGCCUUCUCCCCUCUGUGGAUCUGUGAUCAUCCCAACCCUGCGAUGACACAGCAGCCUACAGCUGACACUUUGGGGGGCCCUCAGCCUCCAUUUGCAAUUCAUAAUCAGUAGAUUACAAAAUGAAUCUCAAAAAAUUAUUUUGGAGUUUAUUAAAGAUUUACAUUUUAAGUACAACUGUUAAGGACUAAUUACUGUGAUGGACACAAAAACGUAGUUGUAUUUUAGAACUGAAUCUUGUGUAGUAUACUUAAUGCUGUCGGGUAGUUUGUUGGUAUAUUUUCUGAUUUUCCUUUAAAAAUAGUUGUUAUCCAGUGACUGUUUUUUUCAGUUUCAUCUUUGUCAAUAGUAGCUAAAUUUUAAAUGGGAACACGUUUCAUUCCAAAGUGCUUUACGAAUGGCUGGGCUGAUGUACAUCGCACCCAGAGGUCACUGUGCUGCCCUUUGCAGUCAGAUUUAGAAAGCAUUUUAAGGGCUACAUGAAAACGCAAGUAGUUUAGGUCAGGAAGAGAGAUCAUGUGAUGAAAUAGCUAACAUCAGGAAGAAAAUUUGGCUGGCAAAUUCAGGGUAAAUUUGGCCAGAAAACUGACUUUGAAAACUUUUGCUCGUAUAAAAAAGUGCCGUUGAGUUUUAAAUGACCAGUAAGUAUUUAGGAACAGCUCCUGUUCUAUGUCUGUACCCCUCCCACCCCUCAGGUGGUACCUGCCUCUCACAGGUACAGCUGUUUCUUGGAGAUCCUCCAACCAAAUAGCAACUGUCCCUACUUGAUUAGCUUGACCUGAUAGGCUGUGUCAACAUAAAGUGCUGCGACUACAGGCUGCUGACCCAGGGCUCUCAUGCACUGCAUGCAGGUUGUGCACUGCACAUAGUCUGGGUCACUGAUAGCCACUUGAACUGUGCAGUGGACAACCCGUGCAAUAUGUGUGGGGGCCCUACUGACUGAUAAAUGGGCGGAGGCAUUUAUGGAUUUUUAGCUUUGAGGAAAAAUGAUGGAAAUUAAAAAAUGUAUAUGUGUUAUAUGCUUAGACUCUGAUGCCACAUAGUGGUAACUAAUUACGAAAAAUUGUUUAUAAUGGGUAGGUGCCUUUUUGUGAGCAGGGAGUGUAGUUGUUAGUUAAUUGUGGUAAUAAUGGUGAUUUCUUAAAGAUCAUGUGAUAUUAAAAUGUUUUCUAAUAGCUUAUUCUUCCCGCUCUCCAUGGUGUUAUGGAAUUAGGAGUUUUUCCUGAUGAAUAUUGCAUAGCGUCUUUGAAUUUAAGAUUUAAGUUUGCACUUUCAUGAGCUUGGAUCUAAACACUAACAGAUCUCGAGUCGCCUGUGUGUCGGGAGAGGGAAGGAUGCCAAUCGGUAUUGCACGUUGUGUGGAGUAUUGCGUGUGACAUUCAUAGCAAUAAUGCUGUGCUGCUGUCAUCUUCUUCCAUUGUUCCCAAACUCAGCAUUUAAGAUGUGUUUUUUCUUUACGGGCACUCAUGUACCAUUAAGCCCUUGUCAGUGUUGUGGCAGUUCGGCUGUGGAGGCCCUCGGCGUGCAACAUUCCAUUUUACCAGUGAGCAGAGAAGAACACUUCUUCUGUAGGCUGCAGGGAGGCUUACUUAUCCCCUUGAGUGUUCCUUAACGGGGCAGAUAAACACUUCACUUGUCCCAUUUAUUUGUCCCCUAGAUUACACAUCAAGGAUUCCUCCAACUCUCUCUUAGCUGGAAAGUCAUGGUUGGGACUGACUUCCUAGUGAAUAUUGCUGCCCUGCCUGUCCCUUGUGCUAAGAGCUGCUGCCGCACCAGCCCGAGCAGGACACAGUGGCUUCUCUGGCUUUAUCUUCCCUUUCAGUUGGUUUGUGUUCUGGAAAUCUAAUCAGAUGCUUUGGGGAAUGCAAUGUAUAUAUGAUUUGCUAGCUCGCUCGCCACUUAACUCACUGUGAGAAUAAAUAUGCAUGCUUUUUGUAAUUAACUGGUGCUUUGAAAACCUUUUUUAAGGAAGAAAAAUCUCAACCAAAGUUAUGCUCAUCCAGACAAGCUGACCCUUGAGUUUAUUUUAGCACAACUCAUCCUUCAGUGCCUCAUUACUGAAAAAACAUGCAUCUUCACAAUAAGGCUUCCAAUAGCACUAUCUCGCUAAAAGAUCAUUCUCAUUGUUUUCCAAAAGCGAAUGGCUUCCAUGUAAGAUUAAACAAAUUAGGUGCUUGUAAAUAAUUUAUGACAGUUUACUCUAUUGCAUUUCUAUAAAACUGAAAUGCAUGCUCUCCAGGGGAAGGCUGUGAGUUAAGUUAAAAAAACAAACAAAAACAUCCAAUAAUAAGCAAUAUGAAACUGCACUCUCUCAAAAUAAGAAUGUCCUAAGUAAUUCAGAAGAGGGGAAGGACUCUUUGCUCUCUUAAAUUUUAAGAAAAAGGGCAAGAACUAGUGUGAAGUGCAUAGAACUAGUAACAGAGAAAGUGCCCUGACUCUUCCUUCUCAGAUCUCUUGAGUCUCCCGAAGUCCUGAGGGUGAGUGGAGAAAAUAUGUUGGGAAUUGCAAUGAGUGUAACUCAGAUUGUGAGAUUUCCAGUCACCUGAAGGGGAAAACAUUCCCCGUAGAGCUCCAUGUCAUGUGAGUGUGCUGCGAGAUGUUCACAGGUGUCUUGUAGCAAAAGCAUUCCUGGUAAAAUAAAUUUGCACGCAGAUCCUCUUUCCUAGAAACUCACAAUGCACUUUAGGUCAGUGAGGGCUCAGGGUCCGGCAGAACCAAGCCUGUUUAACCUCACUUCUCCAAACUGUUGAAACCCCAGGUCCGUAUUUCCCUAUGGGACACCUGUGAACCUCUCGCUAGUACCCACGGAAAAUAUUUGGGGAAAUACUAUGUUAGGUAGUUGUUUAAGGGAGCAAAACAGUAACAUGUGGCACUGAGGCAGAAUUUGCAUGCACUUGGUACAAUCAAAUGUCGCAUUUAAUAGAUGUAUAUUUCCUCCCCUGGAGACAACAAGCACAGAAAACUGUAAUAUAAGUAGUUAGAGCAGAGCUCUUUCCUUUGAUGGAAGUAUCAGCCAUCAAUGAUCCUGGGUUUGUCACCGAAAGUAGCAGAAUUAACACAGGGACUCACUGGGGUAAAUAAGAUUUUAAUUCAGAUCUAGAAGAAAUUAUUGCACAACUGAAUGCAGAUUUUUAUCCACAGAUAGUCCUAUUGUUUAGAAAUGAUAGGACCUAUCAUUGACGUUUAUGAGACUUAAUUUGGAUGUGAAUCUUUUUUAAAGCACUCUUUUUAGGAACUUAAGACUUGACAUCUGGCAUUUUAGUUUAAUACAAGCUAAUGAUUGCAUUUGAAAGAGACUUUUGACUUUAUUUCUAAACAUCUAAAGCUCUGAAAUGCCUUGAUGGAAGGUGUUAAACUAUUUACCUGUUGUACAAAGAAACGUUAGAUUGUUGUAAAGAGAAUUACUAUAAGGUACUGUAAAAUAACACUGUGUGAUUUUGUGGGUGACACUUAUUUGGAAACAUUGAUUUUUAUGCCUGUUUAAUGUAUUGUAAGAAACACAGAAAUGUAGUUUUAUUUUAAUAAAGCAAAAAAUGAAUGUA